GCCCCCAACCGGACCGGCUUUGGGGAGGCCCCAGAUGUACGUCAUCCCCAGGAGCCCUCCCAGCUCCUAGCUCCCGGAACCCUACCUUCUCCCGGGCUUCCAGAGAAGAAUCCCGGAAUACAUCUCCCAGGAGGCGUCGCGCCGAGACCAUCCAGGACUACGUCUCCCAAGAGGCUCGGCGCUGCGCCAUACGCCCGUUUCCGCUCCCUCCCCUUCCUUCCACGUGACCUGUGCCCACAUUGCUCCUAUGCUCAGCCUGCAGAGGAUUUGGUCCUUCCCAGCAAACUCAGCUUUGAGAGGAGGAUAUGGGCCUCGGGUUCCUGAGAACCAUGGCUCAGGAGUCAGUAACCUUCAAGGAUGUGACUGUGGACUUCUCUGGGGAGGAAUGGAGACACCUGGAUCCUUCUCAGAAGGAACUCUACAAGGAAGUGAUGCUGGAGAACUAUAGGAACCUUGUCUUCCUAGGGCUCCCAGUUCCCAAAAUGGAUGUGAUCUCCCAGUUGGAACAAGGGGAAACCCCAUGGAUGCUGGAGAAAGAUGGCCCGAGAGGCUCCUAUCAAGAUUGGGAAUCUGAGCCUGAAACCAAAGAAUUUACUGUAAAGCUGGGCAUUACCAUGCAAGAAUCAUCCCAGGAGACAUUCACAAGCAACAGGAUCAGGGACUUCAAAGUGGAAGAAAACUGGAAAAGUGAUAGCCAAUUAGAAAAGAAGAGCAACCAGGAGAAUCAUUCCAGGGAAUUAUCGUUUCAUUCCAGGGAAAUUGCCAGGGAUGUCAGAGGCUUUGAAUGUAAUAAAUUUGGAGAAAGCAUCAGUCUAAGUCUAGUCCUUUCUGAAAGACAACGGAGAAUUCUUAGAGCAAAGAGUCAAAAUAAAUGGAAUAUAUUUGGGAAAAGUUUAAAACAGCAUUCAAGUGUAAUUGAGAAAUUUGCCUCAGGAAAGGUACAGUCUAAGCAUAAUGAAUGUGGGGAGCACUUCAGUUAUCAGACAGACCUCAUUCAAUGUCAUACUAAGACUUCUGAAGAGAACUGUUAUGAGUGUAAUGAAUGUGAAACGGCCUUCAACCUAAGCGCAAACCUCAUUAGACAUCAGAAAAGUCAUUCUAGAAAGAACCAGUAUAAAGGUGAUAAAUGUGGGAAGACCUUCACCCAGAGCACAAAGUUUGUUUAUCAUCAGAAAAUUCAUACUGCAGAAAAACCCUAUAAAUGUAAUGAAUGUGGUAAAGCCUUCAAACAGCAUUCAUCCCUUAGUUAUCAUCAGAGAAUACACACAGGGGAAAAACCAUAUGAGUGUGCUGAAUGUGGAAAACAUUUCAGUCGGACACCAGACCUUAUUAGACACCGAAAAAUUCAUACUGGAGAGAAGCCUUUUAAAUGUAAUGAAUGUGGGAAGGCCUUUAGCCAAAGCACAUAUCUGACUGUACAUCAGAGAAUUCAUAAUGGAGAUAAACCCCACAAAUGUAAUGAAUGUGGAAAAGCCUUCAACCAACAAUCAUCCCUUAAUUACCAUCAGAGAAUUCACACCGGCGAGAAACCUUAUGUAUGUAAUCAUUGUGGAAAGGCUUUCAGCCGUAGCACAGAUCUUAUUAAGCACCAGAAAAUCCAUACUGGAGAAAAGCCUUAUAAGUGUAAUGAGUGUGGAAAGGCCUAUAGUCAAAACACAAGGCUUCUUUACCAUCAACGAGUUCAUACUGGAGAGAAACCCCAUGCCUGUAAUGAAUGUGGGAAAGCCUUUAUUGACGGUUCAUCCCUUAAUAUGCAUCAGAGAAUUCAUACUGGAGUAAAGCCAUUUGAAUGUAACCAGUGUGGGAAGGCCUUCAGCCGAAGCACAGACCUUAUUAGACAUCAGAAAAUUCAUACUGGGGAGAAGCCUUAUGAAUGUAAUGAAUGUGGGAAAGCUUUCAGCCAGAGCACAAACCUUACUGUACAUCAGAGAAUUCACAAUAGAGAUAAACCCCAUAAGUGUAAUGAAUGUGGGAAAGCCUUCAACCAACAUUCAUCCCUUACUUACCAUCAGAGAAUUCACACUGGUGAAAAGCCUCAUAAAUGUAAUGAAUGUGGGAAAGCCUUCAUUGAUAGCUCAUCCCUUACUUAUCAUCAGAGAAUUCAUACUGGAGAGAAACCUUAUGCAUGUGGUCAAUGUGGGAAGGCCUUCUAUCGAAGCACAGAUCUUAUUAAACACCAGAAAACGCAUACUGGAGAAAAGCCUUAUAAAUGUGAUGAAUGUGGGAAGGCUUACAGCCAGAAUGCAAAGCUUAUUUGUCAUCAGAGAAUUCACACUGGAGAGAAACCCCAUAAAUGUCAAGAAUGUGGCAAGGGCUUCAAUGACAGCUCCUCCCUCACUGUACAUCGGAGAAUUCAUAGUGGAGAAAAACCUUAUGAAUGCAGUCAAUGUGGAAAGGCCUUCAACCGUACACCAGACCUUGUCAGACACCAGAAAAUUCACACUGGAGAGAAACCUUAUAAAUGUAAUGAAUGUGGCAAGGCCUUUAGUCGCAAUACACUACUUACCUACCAUCAAAGAAUCCAUACUGGAGAGAAACCUUAUGAAUGUGAGAAAUGUGGUAAGGCCUUCAGCAGAAGCACACACCUUAUUAGACACCAGAAAAUUCAUAACUGAGGGACCCUUGUAAAUAAAUGUGGAAAGGCCCUUAGCCAGGACACUAACUUUAUUGGGCAUCAUAGCUCAGCUGAAAGCCCUCCCUAUAAAUGAUUUAAAAAUGGGAAAGCUUUCAACCAACAUUCAUUCCUCAUUUACCACCUGAGACCUAUCUUGUAGAGAAACUUGCAAUGUAAUCAUGGGAAGUCUUUUGACCUGGGUAGAUUUCUAACCAUCAAAAAGUUCAUAAUAAACGUGAUGACUAUUAUUGGAAGACCA